AUGCUCUCCCGCCCGGGCGCUGGCAGAAGCGCGGCGUCUGCCCUGGUCAAUACCAAAACUCCAUUCGUCUGCACCCGCUGCCUCCACCUCCGCCGCGCCGCCGCCGCCGCCCACAACAAUGGCACCGCCACUGCUACUCUCCCUCGACCAUCGCUAUCCUCCUCCGCUCGCUCGACCCGCCGAUCCAUCCGCAAUUUCACCACAACGAGCGCUUUCCGUUCAUCCGCAGCGCACAGCAGCAGCAGCAACGGCGGCAUAACACCUCUACCGCACCGCCGCCUCCUCGCGCUGUCGGGCCCGGACGCGCCAAAGUUCUUGCAAGGGUUGACGACCAACAAUGUGCGGCCGGAGCAGGAAACGGGCUGGUACACGGCGUUCCUCAACGCGCAGGGCCGGGUGCUGUACGAUGCGUUCGUAUACCCGACGCCGCUUGCGGCCGUCGCUGCUGGCGGGGCGGCGGCAGCGGCAGCAGCAGCGGGAGAAGGCGAUUGGGCAUGCUUCAUCGAGGUGGACGGGGGGUGCGUGGACAGCCUGCACCGGGUGCUAAAGAGGCACAAGUUGCGGAGCAAGAUUAAGCUGCGCGUCGUGGACGAAGGGGAAUGGGGUGUUUGGGGGGCUUGGACUGCGUCAACGAUCGAUUCGUUGAGCGCUGAUGAUAACGGCAAGGUGGUGUACAUGCCCGACACGCGCGUGCCCGGCUUCGGCGGGCACAGGCUGCUGGUCUCUGGCAGCAGCGGCGAGGAACCGCUGGCGCCGCUUUUCGCGUCGUUGGAGCGCGCGACGCCGAGGGACUACCAGGUGCGCCGGUACCUGCACGGCCUGGCCGAGGGCCCGCUGGAGAUCCGGCCAGAGGAGGCGCUGCCGCUCGAGAGCAAUAUCGACCUCAUGCACGGCGUCGACUUCCGCAAGGGCUGCUAUGUCGGCCAGGAGCUCACCAUCCGCACCAAGCACACCGGCGUCGUGCGUAAGCGCAUCCUGCCUGUCCGGCUAUACGAUCUCCGUAGCGAAGAGCCGGAGAGCUUGGAGUUUGUGGAAGGCGAGGGUAUCGUCAAGGCGGAAGACGUGCCGGAGGGCGUGGCGGAUGUGAAGAAGAUCGCCGAUGGUGCGCAGCAACAGGAUGCGGAGGUGGGACAGGCUGCCGCCCCUCCCGCAAGGAGGAGGAAGGAUGGAAGAAGUGCUGGGAAGUGGCUGGCAGGUGUGGGGAAUGUGGGGUUGGCGCUGUGCCGGCUGGAGAUGAUGACGGAUGUCAAGGUCGCAGCGGAGGGCAUGGGGCCCGCGAGCGGGGGGUAUCAGCCCGGGAUGAAGUUUGGGCUGAAGUGGACAGUGGAGGGCGAGGGUGGCGAAAAGGACGUAGGCAUUAAGGCGUUUGUUCCGGAGUGGCAUCGCCUAAGAGUUGAGGAGGAGGCGAAGAACAAGAAGAAGAAGAUCGUGCAGAAGGAGUUUGAAUUAGAUGAGUGA